GAAUCCAUCUUAUAUUAAUUGGCACCUAACUUCUCUCUCCCUAUAUAUGCAUUGGGUGUUCUGGAUCUUCUUAGACCAGAGAAAAUAACUAAGAAGAACUAAGAUGAAGAUGGGUGUGUUGAUGUUUAGUUUUGUGCGUUUGAUGUUUCUAUGUAUCUUCAUCAAUGGUUCUUUGUCGAAGCUUGAGCGAUUGGAGCAUCCGGUGACGAAAUCUGAUGGCUCUUUGAAUAUUCUGGUCGUCGGAGAUUGGGGACGAAAAGGAGGUUUCAAUCAAUCUCUCGUUGCUCAUCAGAUGGGAAUCGUUGGAGAGCAACUCGACAUAGAAUUUGUGAUAUCCGUAGGAGAUAAUUUCUAUGACGACGGUUUAACAGGAGACACUGAUCCUUCGUUUGAAGCCUCUUUCUCUCAUAUCUACACUCAUCCCAGUCUCCAAAAACAGUGGUAUUCUGUUUUGGGGAACCAUGAUUACAGAGGAAAUGUUUCGGCACAGCUAAGUCAAGUUCUCCCCCAAAAAGAUUGGAGAUGGUUCUGUUGCAGAUCUUUUGUCUUAUGUUCAGGAAUGGUGGAGUUUUUCUUCGUGGAUACAAAUCCGUUUGUAGAAAAAUACUUCACAGAUCCAGGAAAUCACACUUAUGACUGGAACAACGUCUUACCCAGAGAUAAAUAUAUCUCAAACCUCUUACAUGAUUUAGAUUUAGAGAUUAAAAAGUCGCGAGCCACAUGGAAAAUUGUCGUUGGACAUCACGCGAUCAAAACCGCAGGUCAACAUGGUAACACCCAAGAGCUCGUAGAUCAUCUUCUUCCAAUUCUAGAGGAGAAUAAAGUGGACAUGUACAUAAACGGUCAUGAUCAUUGCUUGCAACACAUUGGCUCUGACGGUGAGAUUCAAUUUCUAACAAGUGGAGGAGGAUCAAAGGCAUGGAGAGGAAUUAUUCAGCCAUGGGAUCCAAAAGAACUCAAAUUGUAUUACGACGGACAAGGUUUCAUGUCUCUUCACGUCAGUCACUCUCAAGCUAAGUUCAUCUACUAUGAUGUUUCCGGCAAUGUUCUUCACCAGUACACAUUGUCCAAAAAGAAAUCCAAAAGAUUUUCACUCUUUUAAAGAGUAUUACUAAAAAAAUAAAAGAGAGAGAGAAACUUAGUUAAGCAAUUUAACAUUUUACCCCCAAAAAUAAAAAGCGCGCGCGAGAGAGAGAGAGAGUUAAGCAUACUUUCAUUUUAGACUUAUUUACAAGAGAUGUAUUCAUUUCGAUUGUUGUGUGGUAUACGUGAGACAAUAUGAUGUGCACAUCAUUGAUUUCUUUCUGCGUCAAGUAAUAGUAGUUCUACAAAAUUGUAUGCAGUUGCAAAAUUGUGUGUUCAUAUAUGGUUCUUAACAAAGUUGGAAAAGUUAGCUCA